AUGCCCGCGUGGGUGGCGCUGCUGUUGGUCUGGGCGGCCGCCGAGGCCUCCGAGGGCUGCCCGGCCGCAUGCGCCUGCCGCGCGCUGGACACCAUGGGGCUGCAGGUGGACUGCCGCGGCCGCGGGCUCGAGACGCUCCCCGCCCUGCCGGCCCCCACGCGCCAGCUCCUGCUGACCAACAACAGCCUGCGGAGCGUGCCCCCCGGCGCCUUCGACCACCUGCCGCAGCUGCAGGCCCUGGACCUGGAGCACAACCCGUGGCGCUGCGACUGCGACCUCGUCUACCUGCGCCUCUGGCUGGAGGACCGCGCGCCCGAGCAGCUGGAGCGCCUGCGCUGCGCCGGCCCCGCCCCCGCCGCGGGCCGCGCGCCCGCCCAGCUCAGCGGCUGGGAGCUGGGCGCCUGCGGCUGGAGCCUGCGCGAGUCCUGGGCCUGCCCGGGGCCCUGGUGGGACGCGGCGCUGGUGGUCGUGGCCGCGCUGGGCCUGGCUCUCCUGGGGAGCCUGCUGUGCACCGUCGCGGUGCCCCGGGCCGGUCGCCAGUAGCUCAGAAGAAACCCACCGCCCAGCCAGCCCUUAUGCAGGCUCGGAGGUGCUUCCCUCCUAGCGUCCCGGAAACCCGCAUCCCUGUUUAGACACUGAUCCGGGCUUCCCUAUUCCCCGAGUUCCCAGUAAAAUGGCUGGGUCCACCUCCACCUCCCGCCCUCCAACUACCCCCAACCCCAUCUCUGGACAACCCAGGGCCCUUUCCCCGGUCCCGGCCUGGUUCUCAUGCCCUCCUGGCUGCUGGCACCCACGCCCCACACUGGCCACGUGACUGCCCACAGCCUGGGAUGGAUGCUUGAAGCACGUGUCCCCCGUCUGAGGAAACCAGGGCUCUGGCAGAGGAUGCGUCGUCCAAGGUCACAAACCAGCCCAGGGUCUGAGUGGAGGCCGGUGGGGCACCCAGUGUCUGUCUCAGAAGGGGACCCAGGGCAGGCAGGGGCAGCGUGUGGGCUCGGAGCCCCGCUGGGGGACUCUGGGUGCGUGGCUGCUGGGGCCAUCUCCAAGCGUCAAGCAAGAGAACCAGUCUGGGCGCGGAGAGCACGUAGAGAAAUGUUUACUGGUUUAGGGAUGUGUACACUCUGGCUCGGCUAAGUCUCCAUAAAGGCAACUUGUUCCCAUGUUUUAAAAAAUAGAUUUGCUAUAAAGAUUCGUAUAUUCAUAAAUAGGCAAUGAGAAUUUCCAAACGCAACAGCAUCCUGGCCUCAGGCUCUCCCCACCCCGGGCAGGCUCGGGGGUCCCUGAGGCCCCAGCCCCGCCGCCCUUCCCGGCGAAGUAACUGAGUUCAAUAUGAAUUAGGAGCUUCCUCCAGCUCCGAGCCAGCUGGGGCCUGUGUCCUCGGGGUCAAUCCCGCCCUGCUUCUGGGACAGGGACCCACCGCUCUGGCUUGGGGGUCCCUGGCCCGCCUGCCCUCCUCC